AUGCUUGACCAAAAAUUUCGAAUGCGAGCUUGCAUGUGGUACGACUUCAAGCAAGGCAAAUCGGCUGCUGAAUCUCAUUGUGCCCUAUCUGAGGUAUUCGGCGAAGAAGCCCUGUCAGAAAGCCAGUGUCGACGAUGGUUCCAGCGUUUCAAAAACGGUAAUGAAAGCUUGGAGGGCGAAGAACAUGGAAGUCGGCCUCAAGUCGUCGAUGACCAAGUGUUGAAGUCCGUCAUUGAAUUGGAUCCACGCCAAACCACUCGAGAACUGGCAACACAUUUUGGCUGCUCAAAUUCUACCAUCCAUGAACAUUUGCUGGCAAUUGGCAAGACGAACAGGUGCGGAAAAUGGGUGCCGCACCAGCUGAGCGACGCAAACAAGGCAGCACGAGUGGCAAUGGCCGGAAUUCUUCUUCGUCGCUCCAAGAACAGCGGUUUCUUCGAUUCUGUUGUUACAUCAGAUGAGAAAUGGAUCUGCUUCGACAACGCAACGCGAAAAAGACAGUGGUUAGAAGCCGGUGACACUCCAAAACCGACUCCGAAACCGGAUAUACACGGCAGAAAGGUGAUGCUCUUUGUUUGGUGGAACAGCAAAGGUUUGGUGUACUUUGAAGUUCUGGAUUCGGGUCAAACAGUUACGGCAGACAUCUACAAAGAUCAACAGAACCGCGUGGAUCAAGCACUGCGUCGUCCAGCUGUCGAAGCGACGUCGACAAAAUUCCUCUACGACAACGCUCGUCCGCAAGUCGCGAAAAUCACUUUGGAAAAAAUUGAGGAAUUGGGCUGGGAAGUCCUGCCUCAUCCGCCAUACAGCCCAGACCUGGCACCAUCCGAACACCAUCUGUUCCGGUCGAUGCAGCACUCCCUGGCCGAGAGAAAGUUCACAAUUCGCGAAGAAGUCCAACUCUGGGUGUCCAACUACUUUGAGUCGCAGCCGGCCGAGUUACUCGAAAGAGGAAUCCAUUCUUUGCAUAAACGUUGGCGACAAGUCAUUGAUAGUAAUGGAGAUUAUCUUUUGAAUUAA